CUCCUCCUUUUUUUUCCUUGUUGCCUUCUGCCUCUCCAUUCCAUGGAUCAAACUCGUCUUUUGGCUUGGAACUGUCGAGGUCUUGGAGAAACUCCUACGAUUUCAAAGUUGAAAAAACUCUAUUUCCAACAUAAGCCCAGCAUCAUCUUCCUCUCUGAAAUAAAGCGCACAACAGUGGAGAUGACUUCGAUUCGUCCAGAUCUAGGUUUUGAUCAAUGUUUUGCUGUUGAUUGUGUUCGAAGGGGGGGCGGCCUCGCUAUGCUCUGGCGUGACGAUUUUAACCUAACUAUUUCCAUUUUCUCCCAAUCUCACAUAGAUGUGGAAAUUGUUGAUCCGGGUGGAGGUGAAUGAAGACUCACAGGGUUCUAUGGACGUCCGGAGGUUGCUCGAAGAAAGGAAUCAUGGACCCUGUUAAAAUCACUCAAGGCUGCCUCUUCUCAAACGUGGCUGUGCUUAGGUGAUUUCAAUGAAAUUCUGUGACAAUC